GGAUAGAUUUUGGUGGUGGUGGCCAUCGUAGCUUGAGCUUAGAGAACGGUAUCUCGGCGGCUCUGCCUAGAAAAACUACACUGCUCGUAGAGCGAACAACCCGAACAGACGCCGCCGUAAGUUCACCUACUUCUACAGAACACAGACCCAGUUGACCCACCAGAGAGCAUCGGUAAUUGCACACAAGGUGCUUGCGGAAAAGUCCCAGCGGAUAGAAAUAAUGGAAACAGAGGCGACGCGAUGCGGCGGGCUGUAAGUUUUGGUGGUUACUAAAAGGCUGAGCUGAACGCAAUCGGCGACGAGAAGAGAGAGAGAGAGAAAAAAGGGACCUACAUCGGCCGCCGAUUAACCUGAAACGAACUAUCGAGGAUGGCUUCUUUACAAGAGGAGGCACCGACAAUUCCGACGAAGAGGAAGGAGAACGGGGUAGAUACCUGGUCGGACCUCUGGCUCAAGACCACCGUCACCCAACCUUUGAAACAUGGCGUCACGGCUAUGCAAGCCCCGUCUCUUUCCGGCGGAACUGUUUCCCCCAGAACUCCAAGCACCGCCACCGCUUCCGAACCAGCUACCCCGACAUUCACCGACGCCCAAACCCUAAUCUCCAAUCCCGCCGACAUUGUGGACCGCACCCGCCUCUUGAAUGACGAAAUCCUCCUCAAGAUCCUGUCUUUCUCGCCCGACUCUCAGAGGAAGUCCAACCGCCUCGUUUGCAAGCGCUGGCUCAAUGUCCAAGGUCGUCUCUUUGGGUCUCUCAGGAUUCUCGAUUGGGAGUUCCUAGAAUCGGGUCGGUUGACUGCUAGGUUUCCUGAUCUCAACGACGUGGAUUUGAUCAAUGGCUGCGUUGUGACCCCAGUGGGUUCCAGUAUUUGCUUGCAUCAUCGGUUUAUCUCCGCGCAUUUGGACUCUGGAGUUUCUGCCUUUUCGCCCAGUUGGCGACCUUGCGAGGAGAAUUUGUUGCCAGCUGAUGUUGUGGAUAGAGGACUCAGAGUUUUAGCUAAUGGGUGCCCCAAUCUGCGUCGGCUUGCAGUGCUUGGUGCCAGUGAGCUAGGACUGAUAAGCGUGGCUGAAGAAUGUCCUACCUUGCAGGAACUGGAGCUGCACCGCUGCAAUGACAAUGUCCUGCUUGGGAUUGCAGCCUGUUCCAAUUUGCAGAUAUUGAAGCUUGUGGGAAACGUGUAUGGGCUAUAUGGUUCAAUAGUUUCAGAUGUUGGUUUGACGAUUCUGGCUCAAGGGUGCAAGAGACUACUGAAGCUUGAUCUCACUGGAUGCGAGGGUAGCUUUGAUGGGAUUAAGGCAAUAGGGCACUGCUGCCAGAUGCUCGAAGAAUUGACAGUUUGUGAUCAUAGGAUGGAUGAUGGGUGGUUGGCUGCUCUUCCUUUCUGUGAAAAUUUGAAGACUUUGAGGUUAAUGUCUUGUAAGAGAAUAGAUUCAGUCCCGGGGCCAGACGAGUAUCUGGGUCGUUGUUCUGCUCUUGAAACACUGCAUUUGGAGAGGUGCCAGUUAAGGGACAAAAAUGGUGUUAGAGCGUUGUUUAAGGUGUGUGAAACUGUGACAGAAAUUGUUGUCCAGGAUUGCUGGGGUUGGGAUGAUGAAGGUUUCAGCUUGGCUAGCACUUGCAGGGGGGUAAAGUUACUCUACCUGGAAGGAUGCUCGUUGGUGACAACAGAAGGCCUCGAGUCUGUACUUCUAACCUGGAAUGAGAUUGAACAAUUGAAGAUAGAGUCUUGUAGGAAAAUAAACGACGGUGAGAUCUCCCCAGAGCUUUCCAACUUAUUCUGUGGUCUCAAAGAGCUUAGAUGGAGACCAGAUUCCAAAUCAAUCCUUGCAGCAGGUCUUAUGGAGACCGGCAUCGGAGAGAAGGGCCGGAAGUUCUUCAGCAAAUCAUGAAUACUGUAAUAACUCAUCUCACUCGCUCUGUGAUCCAUGACUGGGUUGACUUUCGCAACUUUGGAUCAUCAAACUGCAUCGUGCUCGCCUUCUCAAGAGCAUGUUGAUGGAUGCGAAGUUUUGGAGUGUCUACCUGACAGUCUUUGCUUUCCUUUACGUGGAUUGACUACAAAUUAGUGUAGGAAUGCAGUUCUUUCGUUGGAUCCUCAGCUGGCAGCAGCCCCCUUCCACAACUGGUUAGACUGUAAAGAGAAGAACAGAGCUCUCUUGUGCACAAUAUCUAUAUUUAGUCCCUUAUUCCCUUUUGUAAAUUAGGUGCACAUGACAGCAGAAAGGCUCUCAGAUAGGCUUCAGCUUAUGUACUUUCCUUUCCUCAUUCAUCAUACUGUUGAUAUAUGUAGCAAUCAGCAAUAACUGUUCAACUUCUCUUGCAAUAAUGAAGUUACAAAUUUUCC